UAGUGUGCGGGCGUGGUUGUAAGGUUCUUACAAGAAGCGCCAUUACCGUUCGGACGAGCGAUCCUCAAAAAAAUCUUUAUGGCGGACUCAUGAGAACAAAAUCCUUAUAUUUGGCGACACGGAAUUAUCUUCGGACAAAUAUUCUUUAGUCCUGGCCGGCCGUAAAACGGGUGUUAUCGCUGUAGCUUUGUAAAAGCUUAUCGCAAAGACCGAGUGGCGAAGUCGACCAUUUCUGAUCAUGGGUUGUACACUGAGCGCCGAGGAUAAGGCGGCUGCAGAACGCAGCAAAAUGAUCGACAAAAAUCUCCGAGCAGACGGCGAAAGAGCUGCGAGAGAAGUCAAGUUAUUACUGCUCGGCGCUGGUGAAUCUGGAAAGAGUACUAUAGUCAAACAGAUGAAAAUUAUCCACGAGCAUGGUUAUUCAAAAGAAGAGUGUACACAGUACAAACAAGUAGUUUACAGUAACACCAUACAGUCUAUGAUUGCCAUUAUAAGGGCAAUGGGGACGCUAAAGAUAGAGUUUGGUCAUCCCGAUAGAGCAGAUGAUGCAAGGGAAAUGUUUGCAUUAGCGGGAAGCAUGGAGGAUGUUAAGUUUACGUCUGAACUCAUAUCUAUAAUGAAGAGGUUAUGGUCAGAUUCUGGGAUACAGGCAUGCUUUGCCAGAUCGCGAGAGUACCAGCUCAAUGACUCAGCAUCAUACUAUCUAAAUGCACUGGAUAGACUGGGGUCUCCAGACUAUGUCCCAACAGAACAGGAUGUGCUAAGAACAAGGGUUAAAACGACUGGAAUCGUGGAAACACACUUCACAUUCAAAGACCUUCACUUUAAGAUGUUUGAUGUUGGAGGCCAGAGAUCUGAAAGAAAGAAGUGGAUCCACUGCUUUGAGGGUGUGACAGCAAUAAUUUUCUGUGUAGCACUUAGUGCAUAUGAUCUCGUACUUGCUGAGGAUGAAGAGAUGAACCGAAUGAUGGAGAGCAUGAAGCUGUUUGAUUCCAUCUGUAAUAACAAGUGGUUCACAGACACGUCCAUUAUUCUAUUCUUGAACAAGAAAGAUCUCUUUGCCGAGAAGAUCGUCAAGUCCCCUCUAACCAUCUGCUUCCCAGAGUACACAGGCUCAAACACGUACGAGGAGGCCGCCGCCUACAUCCAGAUGCAAUUCGAGAACCUCAACAAGAGGAAAGACACCAAGGAAAUUUACACGCACUUCACGUGCGCAACAGAUACCAACAACAUUCAGUUCGUGUUCGAUGCUGUUACUGACGUCAUCAUCAAGAACAACCUGAAGGACUGCGGUCUGUUUUAAUGAUCAACGUCAACAAGGAGAUCUGGAUGAACGAAGCGGCAGAAGGCAAUAACGUGUACAAUAAAGCCAUUUCGUGUACAGUGACGAAUGUGAUAGAUAGAGAUUACUCGGCUCGUUUUGAUAUUAUGUGACAGUCAGUCGAGUAAUACAGAUCAUUAUCAUAUUAUGUAACAAUGCGACUACCUUGUGAGUAACUCUGCCUUGAAGCCAUUCCCUAUCACGCCCGUGAUUGAUAGAUGACAAUAUCCCCCGGGACAUCUCUGAUCAAACAUUGAAAAAAAAAAGCUACUUAAAAAAUCAUCUAAGGAACCUGUCAAUCACUAGCUCAGCCUCGAAGUUUGUCUAAACUCUAUUGUGUUUUGUAAUAACAGACAUAUUUGAUCGUAUUGCGAGCUGUUUUUUUUAUAUAUAUAUUGAUAUUAUUUCAUGUGUGAAACCUAUCUACAAAUAUUAAACCAAAAAAACCGUACAGUUAUGAUUUGCCCAAAAAUAAGAGUCUCGUUCGAGAUUGUGCUUCGACACUGUGAUGACAUCCCUUUAGCAGUUUUUGAUUCGAACUGCCUGAUGGAACGUAGUCCCAGUCCCUUUUGGUCUGCUACAUAAAGAGCGGGGCCUGGGAUCUGUACGAGCUUUCUGUAAAGCCGGUUAUCAGGAGGCCACUUGAUGAGUUUAGAUGAGAGGAAAAAAAAGCUGUGUCUGAAGUUACGCGCAGCAUUUAUUUACAGUAAUGUAAUUAUAAGAAAAUGUAAUGAUUAAUAACCGUAGUCAGACCUUCCGGAUGAUUUUGUCACAAAGGAGUAUUAAAAUAUGAUUUUAAACAUA